AUGUCUCUGCUUUGGUUUCUCGGAUUAGGGUGGCUGAUUUACGGCUUCACCUGUGUGUGUGAGUCUCACGUGGGCACUAACGCAGGUUCUAAGAGACUAGACUGCAACUACCGAAAAACUUGCAAGGGAGUACAGUAUGAUAUCCGCGAGGCUGUGUGUUGUGAGAAUCGACUUCAUCCAGGGGCAGGGCUGUCAUGUUGUGGAGAACUGGCUUUCAACCCUACUGCAGCGACUUGUUGUGAAGGUAAAGUUACUCUGGGUCUGAGUCAAAAGGUGUCAGCUUGUUGUGGACUAGACGCCUACAGCCCACUUAAUGAAAUAUGCUGUCAGUCAACUGUUUUAGCCAAACCUGUGCCAAAGGCCCAAUGUUGUGGUAACGAGACUAUUCAUGAGGAGAAACAGCUGUGUUGUGGUCUCACUAAUAAAAAGAAGGUCAUGGCGAGGACAUCCAAUCACCACCAGUGCUGUGGUUAUGACCAGUUUAACACCAUCACUCAUUGCUGCUGUCCGAUGAAUGGAGUUCUUGAGAUACAACACAUGAAUUCAAGUUGCUGUGUAGAGGACACAGCUCAGAUCCCACAGUCUGUAAUGGAAAAUAUGUCAAUGAACCCCAACAACCCACUCAAGAAAUCACCCAGUCAGUCACUUAAGAUGCAAAAUUGUGGUAAUGUGGCUUUUGAUGUGGACAAUCAGCUGUGUUGUGGUUCGAUUUACAACAAGAAGAUCCUGGCUAGGAAGUCCAGUCAUCACCAGUGCUGUGGUCAUGACCAGUAUGACAAUAAGACUGAGUGCUGCUGUUCGAUUGAUGACAAUCUUAAAAUACGACUCAUUAAUUCCAGCUGCUGUGAAGAAGAAGCAGGUGUGGAACCGCAGACUCUUGCAACUCAGCCCCAAAGGAUAAACAAAACGGAGACCUACUCAUAG